AACAGGCUGUAUCAUUGCCUACGCGAUACACAUAUCAUGUAGACGCGAGUGUUGGUAUUUGAAGGAGUUGCAACUUGCUAUUCGUCAUACAAGCUCUUCAUCGCACAACACAGUAUGUCUUCAACAGCCAGGUCACCUUCUCGUUACUCUACGUCUGGUCUGUUCGGUACCUUCAAGCUGGAUUGCAAGGCCGCCGCGCUUGAGUUCGUCGGGACAACAUUAUUUCUACUCCUAGGGCUCGGCGGUAUCCAGGCAGCCACUGGCGAGGCCGAAGCCAGCGGCACUACCAUUGAACAUGUGAUGUACAUCGCAACAUCCAUGGGUUUCAGCCUUCUGGUCUCCGCUUGGUUGUUUUACAGAAUUACCGGUGGCCUCUUUAACCCAAAUAUCACGCUUGCACUGUUUCUCGUGGGGGUAUUGAACCCCGUGAGAUCUGUCUUGUUCUGUAUUGCACAGCUAGUUGGAGCUAUUGUUGCGUCCGCGCUGUUGUCUGCGCUAAUCCCUGGACCGUUGUCUGUCAACACGUUCCUAAAACAAGGAAUCAAUCCAGCUCAAGGAAUUUUCAUUGAAAUGAUCCUUACAGCGACGCUGGCUUUGGCCGUUCUGAUGCUCGCCGCCGAGAAAUCCCAGGUUACCCCGUUUGCGCCGAUUGGCAUUGGACUGACUUUGUUCGUUGGGCAUUUAUGGGCCGUCUUUUACACGGGUGCAUCCAUGAAUACAGCACGUGCAUUUGGGCCAGCUGUCGUCACCGGGUUCCCUUACUCUAGCCACUGGGUGUAUUGGGUCGGUCCUUUCCUCGGCUCUCUGUUGGGAGCUGCUUUCUACGGUAUGCUGAAAUGGAUACACUAUCAAGAUUUGAAUCCUGCACAGGCAUCCACACAGGAGAAGAAUUCGCCAGAUCUGCUUUCCGAAGCAUCUACCGACAAGCCGGUGCCUAGCAGAGAUGGUGCAAGACGAAGUGCGGGAAGUGCUGGGAUAAUUAAUGCGUAGAGUUGCAAUCAACCACCAAGGACUUUUAUCACAGAAUAGAGUAUUCACCAACUUUCAUAACUUACAUGCGCAGGGCGUAUACAGUGUCUUCUAUGUACCGAUAUAUCGUUCCAAAUAUGUCUAUUGUGCGAU